AUGCCUCCCACCCUCACCCGUGCCCUGUCAAGCCUUGCCCCCGCUUUCCCCCACGCUCGGCAGCCUUUCCUCCGGACGACAUCCAAACUCCCUUCUCACCCCCCUCGUCCCCUUUCCUUGAACAACCCCUUGCACUCCCUACGCACCAUGUCCACCGCCCCCAAGAAGGAAUUCCUCUGCAUUCUGCCGGAUAAGCCCGGUGCGCUGGCUAAGCGGCUGGAGGUUCGGCCCUCCCACCUCGAGGGCGUCAAGCCUCUCGUUGCGUCUGGGCGCCAUGCUCGACGCCCACCCCGCCGAAGGCGAAACCCCUCAUUCAAGGGAAGCAUGAUGCUCGCCCAGGCGGAGAACGAGGCUGAGGUGCGCAAGAUCCUUGAGAAUGAUAUCUACACCCGCUCAGGUGUGUGGGAUCUGGAGAAUGCUCAGAUUAUUCCUUUUAAGUCUGCUGUGCGUGAGCAGCUGUAA